AUGAACGCUCCAGGCGAACCGAAGCCUAUCCCGGCUUACUACGCCUGUUAUCUCCUGCGGUCGACCGUACGACACGCCUCGCUCUAUAUUGGAUCCACGCCAAACCCAAUCAGACGACUUGCGCAGCACAAUGGAGACGCCAAAGGUGGGGCCAAACGCACAUCCCGCGACAAAUUGCGACCUUGGGAAAUGGUUCUUGUCGUCGAGGGUUUCAUGAGCCGAGUGGGGGCUCUCCAAUUUGAAUGGGCUUGGCAGCACUCUGACAGAUCGAGGCAUACCAACCCUGGCAAUGACGCGAAUGGUGAUGAUGACUCGGGCCUCGCCAAACCUGGAAUUAAAUCGCGCUCUUCACGUGCCAGGAGAUCUUUGACAGCCCAUCUAGAGGAUUUACAUACGCUCCUACGGUCAACCUACUUUUCCAAUUGGCAACUGCGGAUACGAUUCUUCUGCGCAGAUGUAUACCGUGUCUGGAAGAUCUGGAAUGAGCGCGUAGAUGCGCGUCUCCCUGAUAGCACGAUUAUUCUGGAUGGAGAUUGUCCCGUACAGCAAGGAGACUGUCGGAGGGUAGGUAAUAUCCAAAGCUUGUCAACGGACUAUACACCCCUCGAAAGCUACCUCGAGAAGUCAAUGUUUCUUCUACAAGACGCUGAAGACCUACGAUGCCAAAUAUGCAAGUCGGCAGUGACACCUGAUGUAGAGCAAAUAGUCGUAUGUCCAAAGCCAUCUUGCCGCAGCGCAAAUCAUCUAUUGUGCCUAUCUGCGCAAUUCCUUACCGACCUCGAUGAUCCCCAAGCCUUAAUUCCAACGCAUGGCACCUGUCCGACAUGCAAAGAAGCCGUCCAAUGGCCUACCAUGAUGCAGGAACUCAGCCUGCGCAACAGGGCUGAGAAAGAAGCUCGAACAAUACUGCAUCGGAAAGAGAAGCGUGAGCGAAAAGAAGCAGCGCAACCUCCGCCUGCAGAAAGCAGGAAGAAAACAAGCGCCCGAGAACCAUCUAUCGAACCCGCGUCCAUACUGAUCGGCAGCGACCCUGCAUUGGAGGACGACUGGUGCGAUCGGGAGGAUUUGCAAUCGGAUACGGAACAUGGCGUUCAACGAACUAAAGCGUCGGAGCCAUGCUCGAAAAUGGAAAUAGUCAUCGAAGACAGCGAUUGGGACGAUGCCGAACUUAUCGAAUGA